UUGUGUUUCGCAAAUCACUGCAUCCUGCAGCAGAGAGUCAAGGGCCGUUAAUCGCAAUAUUGUUUCUGUUUUUUUUUACGAUGCUACAUUUUUAACUUACUAUGAAUCUGUUAAUACUUACCAUUUUAUGAAAUGCAUACAUCAAACAAAAUCUAAUGUAGGUACUAGUUAACAGAAAAGUAGGUACUUUCCAAUUAGACAGUGGAUCAUAUUUCAUAAAUUUGUAUUAACUGAUAUGGGCGUGUGUCUAUAUUGAGAAUAUUGUGUCUCAUUUAUUGCGCCACCAACAUGUCGUCAAUAAAAGUGAAUUGCACAUUACUGUUGCUGCAGAUCAAUUUUGGCUAGUAAAAGUAGUGCAGUUUCGCGGUAGCCUUGUCUCAAGGACGUAGAGAGUAGCGGUUUCAACUCUAAUAUCCUGAGUAUAAAAGGCGUUGGUCACGAUAUUAUACGUCACAGUCAAACCUUAACGAGUAAACAAUCCAGCUCCAAUAAUGGCGUUCAAAUUCGUUCUACUCGCUAAUCUGGUAGCUGCCGCCAGCGCUGGUCUGCUUCCUGUGGCCCAUCAUGGAUCGAUCGCUACCUCGCACUCCACCAUUCAACACCAUGCUGCUCCCGCUAUCCAACAUGUCGGAUCGGUCCACACCGCUCCGGCUAUCUACCAGCACUCGGCCCCGGCUAUCGUCAAGACCAUUGCUCAGCCCACGAUCAUCAAGUCUGUAGAGCACCACGCUCCGGCCAACUACGAGUUCUCGUACUCCGUUCAUGACGAGCAUACCGGAGACAUCAAGAGCCAGCACGAAACUCGCCACGGAGACGAAGUCCACGGACAGUACUCGCUGUUGGACUCCGACGGUCACCAGCGCAUCGUCGACUACCAUGCUGAUCAUCACACCGGAUUCAACGCCGUCGUGCGCCGUGAGCCCUCGGCUGUGAAGAUCGCUCAGCCCGUGCACAAGGUGAUCGCCCAGGCCGUGCAUGUGUCCAGCUAUGCCCAUGCUCCAGUAGCUCACGCCACUGUCCAGCACCACCAUGCUGCCCCGAUCGCGCACUCAACCUCCAGCAUCGUCCAUGGACCGAGUCAUCUGAGCCAUCAUCAUUACUAAGCGUUAAUUCAAAGCUAGUUUAAUGUGCUGUUUAGGUUGAAUGCUAAUAAAGUAAGU